UAUCCAAGGGUACAACCUGUAAUAACACCCCGCUUUGGCCCUUCCUGCACAGAGGACUUGCUGAGUGCACUUGGCGAUUUAGCACGGGACCGGGAUCUCCAUGUGCAGAGUCACAUAAGUGAGAACGAAGAAGAAGUCAAACUUGUUGAGAACAUGUUUCCUGCCUAUCAGACUUACACUGAAUUGUAUGAUAAAAACAAGCUGCUAACCAGCAAGACAGUGAUGGCUCAUGCCUGUUAUCUUUCUGAAGAAGAGCUGAAACUUUUUAGUCUUCGUGGAGCUGCAAUUUCACAUUGUCCCAAUUCCAACUUUUCGUUGCGCAGUGGUUUCUUAAAUGUGCGGAAGGUUCUGGAACACAAUGUGAAACUUGGUCUUGGCACAGAUGUUGCUGGUGGAUAUUCAGCUUCCAUGUUUGAUGCUAUCAGGAAAACAAUUAUGGCCUCUAAUAGCCUUCAGAUCAAUAAAGUGAAUGAAACAGGACUAACUCUUGAAGAAGCUUUUCAACUUGCCACUCUGGGAGGAAGCCAAGCUCUAGGACUAGAUGACGUGAUUGGAAACUUUGAGGUGGGCAAAGAAUUUGAUGCACUGCUAAUCAACACGAAGGCUUCAGAUAGCCCCUUUGACUUGUUCUCUGCUGAUAAUUUUGAGGACACUCUCCAGAAGUUCCUGUAUCUAG